UUUUACAACAAACAACACAUUCAGUGUAAUUCACAAGUCCGGGUGUUGGGAGGGUACCUUACCCCUAUCUUGGCAUAUAGAAAGGUUAUUUCCUGUACACCCUCAAUCGGCUAAAGCUCUCAUCAUUUGAUUUUCCUUACACCUUCAAUACUGAAGUAGCAAUGAAUUCGUUUUCGUGAAGUGGUGUCUCACCUUAGUUAUACUUGCAAAAUAAAUAUUUGAAGUCCUUACAACAUGGCUGAGGGGAAGGAUAUUCAAACAAUUGUUAUUGACAUCGGAUCUCAAACGAGCAAGGCUGGAUUUUCUGGGGAUGAUUCUCCAAGGGCUGUUUUCCAAAGUAUAGUCGGUCGUCCUCGUCACACAGGGUGCAUGGUUGGACCAGGACAAAAAUAUGCCUAUGUUGGUUAUGAAGCUCAGUCUAAAAGAGGUAUUUUGACUCUGAGAUAUCCUGUUGAACAAGGCAUAGUAAGCAACUGGGAUGAUGUCGAGCAAAUAUAUCAUCACGCAUUUUAUAAUGAACUCCGUGUCGCUCCCGAGGAGCAUCCCGUUCUUCUGACUGAUGCACCAUUUAACCCCAAGGCAAACCGAGAGAAAAUGACUCAAAUCAUUUUUGAGACAUUCAAUGUUCCAGCAACAUAUGUUGCAAUCCAGGCCGUUCUUUCUCUGUUUGCUAAUGGUCGUACAACUGGUAUUGUGCUUGAUUCUGGUGAUACUGUGAGCCGCACUGUCCCCAUCUAUGAGGGACAUGCACUUCCCCAUGCUAUCUCACUGUUAAAUCUUGCUGGUCAUGAUCUUACAAAGUAUCUGAUGAAGAUUUUUUGCGAGAGUGGUUACAAUUGUAACUUUGACCUAAUUCGUACAGAUACUGGUUAUCAUAUGAAGGAAACACUUUCUUAUAUUGCACUGGAUUUUGAACAGGAGAUUGAGAAGGCAAAAAAUUGCUCAAAAUCAGUUGAGAAGUGCUAUGAGCUUCCUGAUGGACAAGUCAUUAAUAUUGGUGCUGAGAGAUUCCGUUGCCCUGAGGUGCUCUUCCAGCCAUCAUUGGCUGGAAUGGAUGUGAAAGGAAUUCAUGAAAACGCCUACAACACAAUCAUGAGAUGCGAUAUUGAUAUUAGAAAAGAUUUAUUUGCAAACAUUGUGCUAAGUGGUGGCUCAACAAUGUUUCCUGGCAUAGCAGAACGUAUGAGGAAGGAAAUCACUGCUCUUGCUCCAAGCCGCACGAAGAUCAAGGUGAUUGCCCCGCCUGAGAGGAAGUACAGCACCUGGAUAGGAGGAUCAGUUCUAGCCUCCCUCAGUACUUUCAGAAAAAUGUGGAUAGUGAAGGCCGAGUAUGAUGAAAUUGGUCCUUCAAUUGUCCACAGGACGUGCUUCUAAGAGUGGUUUGAUAACUUAAAUCCUCUCCUUUCAAAUUCCAGCAAAUGAAUGCUAUUUCAGUCAGAGAUAUGUUUCGUUUUUUGAUGUGAUAUCUAAUUUUGUGAGCCAUAUGAUAUUUCAGUUUUUAGUUUCUCUGUAUGAACAUGCUGAUUUAACUUCACUCGCGUUUAAUCCUUUAUUUCAAGUAUUUUGGCUAGUAAGCCAUGAAAAUGGUAGAUACAGACUAAUGUCUGUUCUGUUUCAUACCGGGCUUGCCUUAUUUUUUCAAUUUGCAAGAGUAGAUUCUUGUUGUACCUUUCUAUUGCUAAAUUUAACCACAAAACCAUGGUAGGUGAUAUGAAUGAAUGAACCGUCUUUUCCCUAAAAGUCGUGUCCAAUCACUUCGCUAAAUGCUAGACGAACUGCUACAUUUCCCCUCCUUUAUUUGACUAAUAAUCCGUCAAAUUGCCAAAUUACACAAUUAUUGUUUCGUAAACAAUGCAUCCUCUAAAAUUAAAUGCAUAAGUGAAUAUAUUGAAGUGUGUGAUCAUCUCAUAAGAAAUUUAUGAUUUUUUUUUUUCGGUAAUGAGAGGCGAAGAGACUCGAGAACCCAGUGGUUGUUCUUCUCUGGUCUUCUGCUUUUACGCAUCAUCUCCGUUCUUUGAAGUUAUAAUCUCAACUUUCCGCUUUCCACCGUUUGCUCUCGGUUUCUUCGGCUUCUUCACUAGGAGUACUCUGACUUCUCUGUCUCGCCGUGGCUUUGUCUUCAUAUGUUUCGUUGCAUCUGAGAUGAUCUUCUUCUUCUUCUUGAUUUCAACUUUAUCCCCUGAUUUUCUUUUUAUGUUUCGUUGUUUUAUCCUGUGUUGUAUGUCCCUUUUCUGUAUUUGCUUGGGGUUUUGUAUUUAAAGUUUUCUUAACUUCAAAGUUCAUAAAAAUAUUAUCGUAGUCUUGAAUUUUGUCUUUAAUUUGGUCUACUGUGUUGUUGAUAAUUUUAGUUUGCAGCUUUCUCUAAUGUCUCCUCAUGCCUGUACUCUGCAUAAAACUGCUUCAUCAUACGUAGAUGGACAUCUUUCUUGGUGUUUGGUUAUAAUAAGUAUAUUUUUCUAAAUCUUGGAAUUUAUUGAUUGGCUUUGGCUUUUGAUGGAUCUCUUCCCUUGAUUUCACGCAUCAGGAAUAUCAAUUACAAGCCUUUUAGUUUCUCCAUUGCAUACCAUACGUAUCAGGUAACUAUCAUAAACAGCUUGUUACUGAAGGAUUCUUCUAAAUAGAAUGAUGGUUUACCAUUUCUAGCUUAGGCUGCAGAUCCAGUCCUUGGGUGGUUUUCGA